GAGGCCGAGCCGGGGCGGGGUCAGCGCGGGGUUGGUAGGGGACGCGCGGAUAGGGAGCCGGGGAACCCGGGGAGCCAGAGCCGGAGGGACCGCGUACCUGCUGCCGCCGAGCCCGGGAGCCAGGAGCAGACGACCGAGUCAUGUGGCUGGAAAUACUCCUCGCCUCAGUGCUGGGCUUUGUCAUCUACUGGUUCGUCUCCAAGGACAAGGAGGAAACUUUGCCACUUGAAGAUGGAUGGUGGGGGCCCGGGGUGAGGCCCACAACUGGGGAGGACGAGAGCAUCCGCCCAUUCAAGGUGGAAACGUCAGACGAGGAGAUCAAUGAUUUACACCAGAGGAUUGACAAGGUCCGUUUAACCCCACCUUUGGAGGACAGCCGCUUCCACUACGGUUUCAACUCCAACUAUCUGAAGAAAAUCAUCUCCUACUGGCGGAAUGAAUUUGACUGGAGGAAGCAGGUGGAGAUUCUCAACGGAUACCCUCACUUCAAGACUAAGAUUGAAGGGCUGGACAUCCACUUCAUCCACGUGAAGCCCCCCCAGCUGCCCUCCGGCCAGACCCCAAAGCCCUUGCUGAUGGUGCAUGGCUGGCCUGGCUCCUUCUACGAGUUUUAUAAGGUCAUCCCGCUCCUGACUGACCCCGAGAAGCAUGGCCUGAGCAAUGAGCUUGCUUUCGAAGUCGUCUGUCCAUCCAUUCCUGGCUAUGGCUUCUCAGAGGCAUCCUCCAAGAAGGGCUUCAACUCAGUGGCCACUGCCAGGAUCUUUUAUAAGCUGAUGCUGCGGCUGGGCUUCCAGCAAUUCUAUGUUCAAGGCGGGGACUGGGGAGCCCUGAUCUGCACCAACAUGGCCCAGCUGGUGCCCAGCCACGUGAAAGGCCUGCACUUGAACAUGGCAUUCAUUUUAAGAAAUUUCUACACCCUGACCCUUCUCCUGGGAUGGCGUUUUGGGAGGCUUUUUGGCUACACCAAGAGGGAUAUGGAGCUGAUGUCCCCCUUGAAGAAGAUCUUCUUCAACUUAGUGAGGGAGACCGGCUACAUGCACAUCCAGAGCACCAAGCCGGACACCGUAGGCUGUGCUCUGAAUGACUCUCCCGUGGGACUGGCUGCCUAUAUUCUGGAGAAGUUUUCUACCUGGACCAAUCCAGAGUUCCGAGACCUGGAGGAUGGAGGCCUGGAGAGGAAGUUCUCCCUGGACGAUCUGCUGACGGGCACUAUGCUCUACUGGACGACAGGCACCAUCACCUCCUCCCAGCGCUUCUACAAAGAGAACCUGAGACUGGACAAUACGCAUGAGGGGAUAAAGGUCCACGUGCCCACGGGCUUUGCUGCCUUCCCUUGUGAGUUAGUACACGUCCCAGAAAAGUGGGUGAAGUCCAAGUACCCGAAACUCAUCUCUUAUUCCUACAUGCCCCAUGGGGGCCACUUCGCUGCCUUUGAGGAGCCAGAGCUGCUCGCCCAGGACAUCCGCAAGUUCGUGGGGCUGCUGGAGCGGCAGUGACCCUGGCAGCGACCGGCUGUCACCUCGCAGGCAGCCCCUGCCCUGGCAUGGCGGGCUUCCUCCUGACACCCGCCCUUUUCCCCGGAAGCCUCCAGUCUCCCAGCCCAGCUCCCAGUAGAAGUGAGGCUGGCAGGGAGGCCCCUUCCCAGUCCUCUGUUGGUGGAGUUGCCCCUUUUCCCAAGAAUGUGCUUGCUUCCGUCCCCUGCCCGUGCUGGGACCCCAUGCUCACCCCUCCACACGCACUCCCCACACACUUUGUUAAGCAACAUGGCUUUGAUGAUAAAUGAUUUUCCUUCUAA